AGGAAAAGCUGGGACUAAAGGGGGACUGUUGCAUUGCUUGACGACGAUGGCAGGGCCCCCCCUUUUGCAUUGAGGAUUACCACAAGCAACGGAAGUUAUCCCAUCUUCCCAAUUCCGGAAACUAUUUCCUUUUCCUUCGUCGCCUUGCCUUGCCUUCCUUCCUUCCUUCCUGAGCUUUCUCUGUAAAUCUCUCUCCAAGACCAAUGGAAAGCUCAGCCAACGAACGCCUCGAUUUCGGGAAGAUGGGCUACGGAUGCAAACAUUACAGAAGGAGAUGCAAGAUUCGAGCUCCCUGCUGCAACGAGAUCUAUCCGUGUCGCCAUUGUCACAACGAGGCCACCAGCAUGUUGAGCAACCCCUUUGAUCGGCAUGAGCUCGUUCGAUACGAUGUUAAACAAGUUGUUUGUUCAGUUUGUGACACAGAGCAGCCGGUUGCUCAAGUUUGUACCAACUGUGGCGUCAAUAUGGGGGAGUAUUUCUGCCAAGUUUGCAAAUUCUAUGAUGACGAUACUGAGAAAGGGCAUUUUCAUUGCGAUGAUUGUGGAAUCUGCAGAGUUGGUGGUCGUGAUAAGUUCUUUCAUUGCAAAAAGUGUGCGUCUUGCUAUGCAGUUGGUCUGCGUGAUAACCAUUUGUGUGUGGAGAACUCCAUGCGGCACCACUGUCCAAUAUGCUAUGAGUAUCUUUUUGAUUCACUUAAAGACACAACUGUUAUGAAAUGCGGUCACACAAUGCAUUGUGAAUGUUACGAAGAGAUGAUAAAGCGUGACAAGUAUUGCUGUCCCAUAUGCUCAAAGUCAGUAAUAGACAUGUCUGGAACCUGGAAGAGAAUUGACGAGGAGAUAGAAUCAAUCGUCAUGCCAGAGGAUUACCGAUACAGGAAGGUCUGGAUUCUGUGUAAUGAUUGUAAUGACACUACCGAAGUGUACUUCCACAUAAUUGGGCAGAAAUGUUGCCAUUGCAAAUCAUAUAAUACCCGCUCAAUUGCACCUCCAGUUCUCCCUCAGUGAUCAGACUACAAUUACAGGAAUAUAUAUCCAGUCAGGUUGGCAAAUUUAAAGCUGAACCCUGCGUGUUAAACAACAGAAGGGGAUAUCUGAUUGCUUGUUUCAUCAUUAUAUGAUGCAUUCAUAUGUGUGCCUCAGAGAAUUACUCUUCUCUGGAUAUUCUUCCUUCAGUUAUGGACUAAGAACCAGCAAAUGAGCCUUUGAUUGAUGUAAACAUUAUAUAUACAGCAAAUUAUGGAGCAUUGUUCCCCAAUACAUGAUAUCUAAUAAUGCAUUGACUGUUUUCAGUAUUACAGUCAAUAUGAGAACCUUUAUCGA